AUGAGGGACGCGGUGGCGGUGGCAGUGGGGACGCCCGGCGGCGGGAGGGCGGGGGGAGCCGGAACCGGAGGAGCGGCUUCGGCGUCGGGGUCGGCGCCGUGCGCGGCGUGCAAGCUGCUGCGCCGCCGGUGCGCGGCCAGCUGCGUCUUCGCGCCCUACUUCCCGCCCGGGGAGCCGCACAAGUUCGCCAACGUGCACAAGGUGUUCGGGGCCAGCAAUGUCAGCAAGCUGCUCCAGGAGAUCCCGGUGCAGCACCGAGGGGACGCGGUGAGCAGCCUGGUGUACGAGGCGAACGCGCGCGUCCGGGACCCGGUCUACGGCUGCGUGGGCGCCAUCUCGUCGCUGCAGCAGCAGGUGGAGGCGCUCCAGGCGCAGCUGGCGCUGGCGCAGGCCGAGAUGGUCAGGCUCAAGAUGAGCAACGACUACAUCGUGCACCGGCUCAAGGCCGCGCGCGGCGGCGGCGGCGGGGGCAGCAGCUACGCCGGCUCGCCGUCGUCCAUGUCGUCGCCGAAGACGGCGGAGCCGGAGGCGCACUUCAAGGCCACGCCGGAGCUGCUGGACAUGGUGGUGGACCAGCCCGGCAUGGACGACGCCCAGUUCUGGUCCUACUAGGAUUGGAGGCAGCAGCUGACUCUGACUGCAUCAGGUGCUUCUGGUUCUGGGUCAGGUCAAGCUAGGUUCUUUUUAGCUGAUUUUAGUGUGUGAUCAGGUGCUGUUUUUGAGUCACAGAUGGGUGGUCCGGUAGCAGUUGGUAUAUAGUAUCAGGUAUAUGGUGUGUGUGCGCUGUAACAGCGUGACACUAGGAGGAAGGUGAGCGUAGAGACCUUCUCCUAUACCUUCUUCUAGUAUGUAUGUCCAGGGCUUGGUUUUUGGCUGUCCUUCCAUGAUGAGAAGGUGGAACACCAUUACAGUAAUUGGUGUGCUAUGCAUUGCAAGAACCUUCUCCUUGCUCGUAGCAUUUGCUUGGUUAAACAGUUGAACUCUGCCAUGGAAAAUGCAGAUAACGUUUAUUA